AUGAUUAUCAAAGCUACCUUGCUACUCCUAUGCUACAUUUUCGCCUCAAUAUCAAAUGCCGGGAACCAUUUAUGGGAGAACGCUCGGCAUAGUAUAGGAGCCAAUAAUGCGAGUCAGUCUCUUCCUAAACGCUGGGCAACUAUUAAUCCAGCAUUGGGCACCUUUAAUCUGUGGCCAGAUAAAACAGUUACCUUCGGCUUCGCAGACAAGAGGUCAAAAGAAGCCCUUGGGCCGUGGAUUGUUGCAGCAAUGGAGAUAUGGUACGCUGCAGGGCUUCCCAGGGAUUUCAAAAUGAUUGAAGUUUCAAAGAAAGAAAUGAAAAAGAAUCGAGCCAAUACCCUAAGCAUAAAAUUCACUAGGAAACCGGCUUUAUAUGCAACACCGGGAAUACCACCAAAAGACGAAAAGAACAGAAUUAAAGGGCCAACAAUGAUUUUGAACCUGAGAAGGGAUGUUGGGAUGCUAAAUAUUGGUGCCAACAUCGCUCACGAGAUCGGGCAUGUCUUUGGGUUAAUGCAUGAACAUCAGAUCUCUGCCUUCUGGGGAACUCCCGGACAUUCCGAGCCGCUAUUUAAAUUCAACUGCGCAAAUCUGAAAGACUACAAGAAAAUGACAUAUCGUUUAGGCCAUCUAGAUCUUCAAAAGGCGUGUUCGGACCGUGCCACUGCUAUUAAACAUAGAUUCAGUGCUUCAGAAUAUCUUCCAAUUCGCUCUACCAUCAUCCGCACACCAAGGGUCCCGGCUGUACCAACUUAUGACGAUGUUGACUGGGAUUCUAUUAUGCUAUACCCUAGCGGCUCUGGGGCUUUUUCUCCUGCUGGUACUGGUCCAGAAAAUGACCUACGGAAAAGCGUCUUGUUAAAAGCCAACGGAGAGAAAAUCAAGCCGAAUCUCGCCCCAAGUGAACAGGAUAUAAACGCCUUGAUAACUCUUUAUGAAGUGACAACCAAUACUCCGCGACCAAAUCUGCUUAACAACCCGUCAAACCCGGCAUACGCUAAAUUUAAGGAGGAGUCGACCAAGAAUACAAAGUGUGACUAA